AUGUCUCGAAACGACCCCUUGCUUGUCCAACGCCCUUCCUCCGACCACUCACCGGAACGAAGUGACGCCGAAGAAGAUGCCCUUUUAACAGGAGAGCGAACUCGUCGCAGUGAGAGUCGCCGGGGAGCAACAUUCUGGCGCGAGGUUGGAUUGUUCUCGUGGGCAUUAAUUGCAACCGCUGCGGUCAUCGUCUUAGCCGUCGUUUACCAGCAUGGACAGUCAACCGGUAGGCGUGAAGGAAGAUGGGCGCCUGGCGAGAAACCUGAAGGGAAACGCAACUUGGUAUUCAUGGUAUCCGAUGGAAUGGGCCCCACAAGCUUAUCGAUGACACGAAGCUUCCGACAAUUCCAGAAAGACCUUCCAAUCGAUGAUAUUCUUGUGUUGGAUAAGCAUCACAUUGGACAAUCCCGAACAAGAUCAUCCUCUAGCUUGAUUACAGACUCCGCGGCGGGCGCAACGGCGUUUUCUUGCGGGAAAAAGAGCUAUAAUGGUGCCAUUUCUGUAUUGCCAGACCAUAGCCCAUGCGGGACCGUCCUAGAAGCCGCAAAGGCUGCUGGAUAUAUGACAGGCUUGGUGGUUACAACAAGAAUUACGGAUGCCACCCCCGCAUGCUUUUCCUCCCAUGUCAAUAUGCGUUCGUAUGAGGAUCUAAUUGCCGAACAUCAGGUUGGCGAAUACCCUCUGGGCCGUCAAGUCGACCUGAUCCUUGGAGGAGGGAGGUGUCAUUUCCUACCUAAUUCCACGUCCGGCAGCUGCCGUGGUGAUGAUAAGGACAUCGUGCAGCUAGCAAAAUCGAAAGGUUUCUCUUACAUUGACAAUCGUGAUGGGUUUGAUGAACUCAAGCUGGGCAGUGCCGCUCAGCUGCCAUUACUAGGCCUCGUUGCUGAAAAGGACAUUCCAUUUGAGAUUGACCGCCGAUUUGAGAAUGAUGUAUACCCUUCCUUAGAAGAAAUGGCUCGCACCGCCUUGAAAGCGUUAAGUGAUGCUACACGCAACAGUGACAAAGGUUUCUUCAUCAUGAUUGAGGGCUCCCGCAUUGACCAUGCUGGCCAUGGCAACGAUCCUGCUGCUCAGGUCCACGAAGUUCUAGCUUAUGACAGAGCCUUUGCCGCCGUGCUAGAGUUUCUGGAAAAUGAUUCGACGCCUGGUGUUCUUGUCAGCACAUCAGACCAUGAAACCGGAGGUUUAGCCGCAGCUCGACAGCUCCAUGAGUCUUAUCCUGAUUAUAAAUGGUUCCCAGGCGUCCUUGCCAAUGCCAGCCAUUCAUCCGAACACCUAGAAGCCAAGCUACAUGAUUAUCUUGACAAUGAGGGAAAUUCCGCCUCUGCGGAUAAGAAACGGGCCUAUAUCCGUCGUGAGUUCCUUGAAAAAGGGCUGGGAAUAUUCGAUGCCCAAGAUAGCGAGAUUGACCGACUUAUCAACCCCGGGGACCAAGUACCUGCGGCUUACGUUUUUGCUGAUAUCAUCAGUCGAAGAGCACAGAUAGGGUGGGCAACCCAUGGUCAUUCCGCUGCCGACGUGAACAUUUAUGCUUCUUCUCCACAUGAUGUCCUGGACCUUGUUGGAAACCACGAAAACAUCGAAGUUGGCCAAUUCUUGGCCAAGUAUCUAGACUUGGAUCUAGGCGAAAUUACCAGAAAACUCCGAGAUACGGAGACUAAGCCGCAUGCCGCCAGCGAAAGAUACGCUUGGAUGGGUGAACCGCUCGCCGAUGAAGUUGUCGUCGACGAACUUGAUACUUAUCACGGUGACUUUAAGAAGCGUAGUCUUGAAUCCAAACCCUCCCAUGAAGACGCCGAACCCCGCCUCAGACUGGAAAGGCACUCAUGGCUGACGUUCGAUAGCUUCAGCCAGAUGACAGAUGACGAAUUCGGCCACCACCCCACAUAG